ACUUGUAUUUUCAAAAUUAGAACGUCACCCGUGACAACUUCCUUCUGUCGAUAAAAAAAUAUUUUUGUUUUUGGAACGCGAAUUUGAAUAAAUAGAAUCGCUUGUUUUUCUGUCAUUAUAAAAUUUUAUUUACAAAAGUGAGAGCGAUAAGAAUAUCGCAAUUUUAUUAAAUUAAAUUGUUUAGAAAGAAAAAUAAGAAUAAUUUCGUGUGCAUUUAAACAAAUAUUAAGCAAGAAAUAUUUCUACACGGAUAUAAUUUGAUAAGAUAACUGCAGAAUGACCUCUCACUUAGAUGACACUGAUGACGAGAAUUGUGAUGAUCCGAUCAAGUUGUUUCCUAUUGGUUUUAACAACACCGCCAACUUUGGCAGUCAACCGCAAAUAAUUGGCUCUGCAGAUACCAACUGGAACGUUCCUACAGAAGUUUUAACACAUGGACUUAGUAAUGAAUUCAUUCAAAGACACAGCGAAAGUGACAGUGAGUGUACUAUUUCUCCCAUGUUUGUUAAAUUAGUAGACUGUGUUAAGUUCCCGUGGUACUAUAAAAAAUAUACUGCACAAUUAUUGCAAAAGACUGAUCCAAAUCAGUUUGAAGCUGAAACUGAACAUGACAUUAUAGAUAUUGAAAACUAUGAUUCAGAUUCAAGUGAUUGUUUUAUCGUGGAAGAUCUGCACCCAGAAUAUAAGAGUAUAAGUGAGCAUAGAGAAAUGCAGAAACGUUAUAAACUCGACAAAGAGCUGCAAACAGCAUUAAGUCAUAGGCAAUUAGUCCAAGUCGAUUUGAAGCGUAAUGUUGGACUUGUUGGUAUGAAAAUUUCCCAGAAAAAGUACAAAACAAUAAAGCAAGAUGCAUGUGCUGUUAGAAAAACCAAGAAACAGGUAAAGCAGACGAAAAAUGAUCAGGAAGAAAUGCGUUCUGAAAGUAAAGGAGACACCGAGAAGCCUAGUAAUUCGUCGACUGUGCCCGUACAUUUUAGUAUUAAUAAAAUACCUGACAAUGUAAUUAAUAAUUUAAAACCAAAAAAGAAUAAUGAUUAUAAUGAUAAAGACAUAAGUGAUCAUCUGAAGAUAUUUCCUGUACAUAAAUUAAGUAAAGUGCCUACAUCUACUGUAAUUAAGAAGUCUUCAAAUAAGUCUACCUGUCACGUAAAAGACAUUAAAAAAUGUAACAAAUAUAAGAAUGAUCAAACAAAGAAUAGGGACAAAGCUAGUACUAGUAUUCUGAUAGAGAUGUUAGAGUCGGACCAGACUUCAUCGACAACUUGUAAAGUUAAUGAAUUAGAGCAGAAUCGUAGUGAAAAAAGUGACAAUAAGCAAAAUGAUAAUAAAGAAGAACCGAAUUCACCAAUUCUUAAAUGCACUAGUUUAAAGAAAUCUAAGCCUAAACCUAAGCCUGUAAUACCUCCUGCCGACAAGUGUAAUAAUAUAAAUAAAAAACCACAGCAAAAAUUAGAUAAAAUAGUUAACAAGCUAAAAAUGUUAAAUAAAAUUCCUCUUAAUGUAGGUUCUGCAAUUUCAACACCUUGGGAAAUUCCUACAAAAGAUGCUUCAACCAAAGAGAUCAAAGAGAAAGUAGCAACUCCAAAUAGCGUCAUCAGUGAAAAACUUUUACAGAAAUUGGAUAAAUCUAUGAAAUAUUAUAAUAAUCACAAUAAAAAUGCAUUUAAAAAUGGUAAAUUAGAUAAACCCCAAUCUAUGCAAUCGACUUCCAAUGAUAUUGAAGUUUCGAUUCCAACAAAUAUAGUUCCUUCUGCAAAUCUCACUCCAGUGCUAAAUAAUAAUAAAGUUAUAGUUCCCCCUAACACUGAUUCUACUAAGACGAAUAUACAAAUGCUUUCAAAUCAAAACAAAGAUUUGAGUACUUUGGUUUCAAACUCUAAUUCUACUCUAGAAGCUCCGAAACAAAACACCAACGCGGUUGGUAAUCCUAGCGUGUUAUCCACAACCAUAGUCAAACCUUCAAGUAAAACCAAUACCUCCCUUCCAGAUAAUCACAAUCCCACUACAAAUGAUUGUCUCAAACCUCAGUAUAUUGUUCAUUCGCUGCCAAAGAAACUGUUCCCAAAAAGUAAUUCUGGUAACAGCGCCAAUGUUUCUGCUCAGAAUCAUAAUACAACAACUAAAAUAUUGAAAAGUAAGUGUGACUUGCCAGUCGGAAUGAAACCUGAGCAUCAUAUGCCUUCCACAGCAACACAAAUGUCUAGAAUGUUUCACAAUCCGCAACCGCAAUGUCAGAACUCUCGCGUUCCAAAUAUUUACAACUCUACUAUUUUAGGUAACGAACGAAGCAAUUUUCCAAAUUCGUUUAACCAAAGCCGUCUUCCUAAUAAUAAAAUAUAUCAACAAGUCAACCCUGUUCCAAGCUUUUAUACAAAUCGAGUGUUGCUUCCAUUACCUCCCCCUCCUCCGCCAAUGUAUGUUCCACCGCCUUAUUUCUAUCAAACAGCGUCAUAUUCCAAUUCAUCUUUUAGUACACCAGUAGUAGCACCAAACCAACCACCUACUUCUGUUUCUCAAGAUUAUAUGCGUACAGUACAAUCUAGUAAUAACAAUAACAGUUCUAUCAUAGGUGUAAAUAAUGACGGGCUAGUGAAAAAAAUUAAUAUUGCCGGUGGGCCCAAAUCAACUAAAGCUGAUGCUCAAGAAUUGGCAAAUAAUAAAGAAGUAGUUUCUAAAAUACCAUCAGCUGAGCACAGGGAAAUAGUUGCAAACAAUUUACAGAAAUUAGAGAAAAUUACAUUACCUGGUAAAGACAUGGGUAGCAAAAUAGAUGAUACUAACAAAGAAAAAUCACUGGAAGUGGCAAUAAUGUCAAAAAACCGGGGAGCAUUUGAAACUCUGAAGUUAUCAGUGGAUAACAUUAACAUGCAGACUAAGCAGUCAAAAGGAUACUCGCCACCAAUUUUACCUAUACCGACAUAUCAUAAAGUUUUGAAUCAAGUGAGUCCUAAGGUGCACGGUAGUCAACAGACCGCGUCUGCAGACUUGACUAAAAAAAGUCGUAUUCCAAAAAUCCCAAUGAAAAAGGUUGACUGUCCUAAACCCAACAAAAGAAAAGUUGGCGCAUUAAAUAUAGCAGAGAACAGAAGAAAGGUUGCCGCUAAGAAGAUUUCUUUAGAAGAAUAUAACAAAAGGACAUUAAAAGACAGUAAAUCUGUGCCUCCUAAAAGAAGUGUGAGCGAUGAUCAGAAUAAGCCUAGUAGAAAGCGACCAAAUGUAGAUAAUAAGAAUAAUAGGGAUCAUAAUACUGAAACCGAUUUGGGAUAUGAUUCCGAUAGUACUGUUAUAUUAUGAUGUAUAAUAAUGUAUCUCUUAAGGGUUAGGCUCUGAACCUGUUAUGGACGCUUUAUGUAUUAGAAUUUCAAUGUAAUAAAUAAGCUUUAAACUCUUGUCUGCCGAUAUAUGAGAUAUAAUAGAAAACACAAUGUGUGGCGAGUAGAUCAUCGUUCCUCGGCAUAGAGUACUCAAGUUGUACGUUUCCAUAAAUUUUAAGAAUUUUGAUGACGUUUCUUUAAAGUUCUUAUUUCCAUUUUUUUGGAAAAAUGUGUUGAAAUUAUUUGUUGUUCUGAGAUACUCUGAUGAUAGUCCUUAAGAGAAAUGCGAGCAUGUUAAAAACCAAACGUAUUUGCUAGCCAGUUUGUUUAUAACUUAUGUAUGUUCAAUGAAAUGUUUUGUUUUAUUUUUAUUGGGUAUAGUAUAAAACGCUUUGCCUGAAUAAAGUAACAGAUUUUGUAUAAAUAUGUUUUUCUGUACUGAUUAAUUUUGUUACUAAGUGAUAAAGAAUGGAGUUGUUUUAAAGGAGAUGUUAAAAUAAUUAAUGAAAUGUGUUAAGUUGCAUGUUAUUUGUAGAAUGUGAGAUUAUAUUAAUUUUGAACCGUUUUUUCGGUUGUUAGUAAGAGAAUUGACGUUGUUUUUGUUAACUAUUGAUGAGUUUGUAAGAAUAAAAAGUAUUUCUUAAAAACUGUUUUGUUGAUUCGAUAAAUAAUUACUUAUCUACUGUUUUAGUUUCAGCAGUACAGAUGCACAAUUUCGUACUCCACAUGGCUAGUCUUUAAGACCUGUAAAUAAUAAUUUAUUAACAACCCUUUAAACUAAUGAUAAUCCCAAUUCGCAGGUACGUAUUUAAUAAGCACACAAAGCCAUAAACCGUUUCCAACAUAAUUCAUCGUUUGCAGGUGUCUCCUUUUAAACUUGUCCGUUUCAAAGGAUGAAAAAGAGAGACACAAAUCUCUCCAACUGUCAAAGAAAAGUUUGAAAGAAAGUGUUCUUGUCAAAAAAUGGCUUUAUUUAGAGAAAACAUCUGCAUUGAGGCUGCGGCGACAAUUAAUCUAUCUAACGCGGCUCACGGGCGUCUUGUUGUAAUAAAUCUUUGGAUUACAGCCUCCUUCGCGGCAUUAGGUCCUUGCUGGAAGGAUCUGACUUGAAUUAUAGACGGAAGUUCGCCUUUUUUAGCUGGUUAUCUGAUCUAAUUAGCAUUGCUAAAUGUUACUUGAUUUGUAGUCGUCAGCGGUGUGGUUUACUACAGGUAUUUGGUUAAUU